AAACAACCCCCCCCCAAUCCCUUCAACAUGGAUGUAAGAUUUUAUCCUGCUGCAUCUGGAAGCUCCCUUCCUGGAGACCCUUCCAAUCUGGACUUUGCCCAGUGUUUGGGUUACUACAACUACAACAAGUUCGGCAACAACAAUAACUACAUGAACAUGGCCGAGGCCAACAAUGCAUUUCUCACUGCAAACGAGCAAACAUUCCACACUCCAAGUCUUGGAGAUGAAGAGUUUGAGAUCCCACCAAUUACUCCACCACCUGAACUGGAUCCCACCAACUUAGGGAUGGCAGAUAUACUGUUGCCAUUUCAAGGUCUAAGUGAUCAGUUGGCUGCACAAGGGAAUGAGUUCACGCCACAGUUUCCACCGCAGAGCUUGGAUCUUCCUUCCAUUACAAUAUCUCGAAAUCUUGUGGAACAAGAUGGUAUCAUCCAAAGCAAUGGGUUACAUAUGGAUCAUAGUCAUGCAGAUGUGCCUCAGUAUCGCCAGGACCACUCUUUGAUUAUGAGAUCCAUUGUUCAUAUGACAGACGCUGCUCGUUCGGGAAUUAUGUCACCUAACCAGCUGACCACUAUUAACCAAUCCCAGCUCAGUGCUCAACUGGGGCUGAACUUGGGCGGGACCAAUGUGCCACACACUUCCCCAUCCCCUCCUGCGAGCAAAUCGGCAACCCCUUCUCCAUCCAGUUCUAUAAAUGAGGAAGACGCGGAGGACUCAAACAGGGCUGCAGGAGAAAAGAGAGCUGCCCCAGAUUCUGGCAAGAAGCCCAAGACUCCAAAGAAGAAGAAAAAGAAAGACCCCAAUGAGCCACAGAAGCCAGUGUCAGCAUAUGCCCUGUUCUUCAGGGAUACACAAGCAGCAAUUAAAGGGCAGAACCCCAAUGCUACCUUUGGAGAGGUUUCAAAAAUUGUAGCGUCUAUGUGGGAUAGCCUAGGAGAAGAGCAGAAGCAGGUAUAUAAACGGAAAACAGAAGCUGCCAAGAAAGAAUACCUUAAGGCACUUGCUGCCUACAGAGCAAGUUUGGUUUCCAAGGCUGCUGCUGAGUCAGCUGAAGCCCAAACAAUCCGUUCUGUUCAGCAAACGCUGGCGUCUACAAACCUGUCCUCGUCCCUCCUUCUGAACGCCCCUCUCUCCCAGCACACGGCCAUGGCCACUUCUCCACAGACUCUCCAGCAGUCGCUCCCCAGGGCAAUCGCCCCCAAGCCUCUAGCAAUGCGGCUGCCCAUGAAUCAGAUAGUUGCCUCGGUCACCAUUGCGCCCAACAUGCCCACAAACAUUUCCACCUCGCUGAUAAGCUCCAUGGGAAGCAGCAUGGUGGGCACGUCUGCGUCGGCGCCCUCCCAGGUCAGCCCUUCCUUGCAGAGCCAGCAGCACCAGCUGCAGCAGCUGCAGCAGAUGCAACAGCAGCAGAUGCAACAGCAGCAGCUCCACCAGCAGCACAUGCAUCAGCAGAUCCAGCAGCAGAUGCAGCAGCAGCAUUUCCAGCACCACAUGCAGCAGCACCUGCAGCAGCAGCAGCACCUGCAGCAGCAGCUGAGCCAGCAGCAAAUUCAGCAUCAGUUGCAGCACCAGCUCCAGCAGAUGCAGCAGCAGCAGAUGCAGCACCUGCAGCAGCAGCAGCACCAGUCGCAGCCUUCACCUCAGCAACAUUCCCCAGUGGCCUCACAGAUCACCUCUCCAAUCCCCAGCAUCGGGAGCCCCCCGCCAGCCCCCCAACAACACCAGUCCCAAAUACAAACCCAGACACAGACUCAGCUAUUAUCGCAGGCCAGUAUUUUCUGAAGACACACGUUGCAAAGCUGCUUUGCAUUGUGAGUUAAGCAAAGGGGGACUGUUUACGGCUGGAAACUGUACAUUGCUGAUGGUAGUUAUGCAGGGAUGCAUAACAGAUGAGUGAGCCUCUAAGCUGUCUAUUAGAUAGGCAAUAAAGAACUACAAUGUAGCUGUGUAUAUUCAUUUAGCUGACUAUAAAUAUUUGUUUCCCCCCUCUCUCUUUCCGAUCUUUUUAAAGAAAAUGCUGUGCUCUCUUGUUUUCUUUAUUUAUUUUGAGCUUUACCCAUAAUAUGUGAACUACAUAGUCUUGGAUAUGCCUGGGCAGUGAAACAAAAAAGUUUUGGUCUUUUUCACAGUUCCAGAUUAAAACUGAUUAGUGAAUGCACUUCCAACCAAUUUGGGGUUUUUUGGGGUUUUUUGUUCAUGAAGUCCUAAAAAGCACAGUUGUAACUACCUGUAAAAUGUUGAUUGGAUUCCAUGCAAUCACACUCGUAUGACAUGAGUAGUUGACGGUGUUUUUCUCUGUCAUAUAUAUAUAUAAAUAUAAAUAUAUAUAUAAAGAUUAAUGUAAAAAUCAUAGACUUUUGCCAAAGCUCCUUUUUCUCUUUUUAAUAUGUCUCCAGAAGGGGGAGGGGGGGAACCUGCAAGUGAAAGUUCUUAAAUAUCAGAGCCCAUCUUUACCAUCAAAGCUAUAAUUUCUCUAAACACUUACAGUGCUUUGUUACAAAAUAUAUUCUUACCCUGUUCUGUUCAUUCCAAGUUGUUGUUGUUUUUUUUUUUAAGAAAGAUGUGAAUAUUCUAUCCUGUGUUUGGGUGACAACUUUCAGAUUUAAUACACUGUAUUUUUUAAAAAAGGAAAUGCACUUAAAUGCACUGUUAUUACAAAAAAAAUAGGUAAGAAGGAAAAAUGUGAGUUUUUUAAAAAUAUAUGCUGUAAUACCAGUAGACUAUUUAAAAGAAUUGCUACAUCUGAAUAAUCAGUGUAAAUAUUUCCUUUAAAAAAUUGUAAGUUUUUCAUAUCAUGUAUUGUAAAGUUUUCAUAAAUGAGGCUUUAAUGUAAACACUGGUAACAUGAAUGAUUUAACUGCAA